UCAUGUGACGGAGGUCAGGGAUAAGCUGUAAGAGUCGGGUAUGUUGCUGAGGAAGUGGUGUUGAUACAGUGAGGAAAUAAACACAGGUAUGUCAGAAUAGGUCCAGUAUGGCUAUAUUGUUUAUUAUUACACCAUUAUUAUCGAUUGGAGUCGAAAGUAUUUAUCUUAAACAGCCAUAACGCUAGGCUGCUUGGUAGUGGUGAACCGCAGCUGGCCGUUGGUUGUGUACUGUACCGCGAUAGCUAAAGCUAACUAAGGGUUUGUGCUUGCUCGAAGGCCCGAUGUGUUGAGGCCCAGCAACGAUCGAUGGUUCAUGACGAGUUAUGUAGGCUGAUUUGAGUUAUACUGGGGCAUCAUGUAAAUUGGCACAGUUAAACAGAAGCAUUAAUUUUCUGGCCUGGUAAGUGAAAAGUCCAGACUUGGGUUACUAAGCCCUUCCAGUGGAACUGCUUGAUAGAAAUAACACGACGUAAUUCAUGUGACAUCAUGUAAGGGGUCAGCAUCAAACUGGAAGUUAACCCCAAAAAUCUUAAGCCAGUCAUGUGGGAGCAGCAACACGCAACACAUUAAAUUAUGAAGAUUCACUGCACAAGCUUUAGGUAUUCAGGUUUCACAUGUCUGAUAACAUUCACGAGGAUUUCCUUGCUCCUGAGGAGCCUUUUCCAAUGCUCUUGCAGCAGGGAAACCUCAGUGAAGAUGGCACACUGGAUGUUAGUGACUUCGGCUGUCGGCUGUCCUCUUGUCAUCGGACAGACCCUCUGCACCGCUUCCACAGCAACAGAUGGAACCUAACCUCAUGUGGCACCAGUGUGGCAAGUUCAGAGUGCAGUGAGGAACUCUUUUCUUCUGUGUCUGUGGGGGACCAAGAUGACUGCUUCUCUCUCCUAGAUGAUCAGGAACUCACCUCUUUUGACUUCUUCCCAGAAGGCAGCGUCUGCAGUGAUGUAUCAUCUUCCCUCAGCACAUACUGGGACUGGUCUGACAGUGAGUUUGAGUGGCAGUUGCCAGGAAGUGAUAUUGCCAGUGGUAGUGAUGUACUCUCUGACAUCAUACCCAGUAUACCAAGCUCACCUUGCCUUGUUUCAAAACGAAAGUCCAAACCUCAUAGGAACCUGGAUGAAUUGCCCUGGAGUGCCAUGACCAAUGAUGAACAGGUGGAGUAUAUUGAGUAUUUGAGCCGGAAAGUGAGUACAGAAAUGGGGCUGCGGGAGCAACUUGACAUAAUUAAAAUAAUCGAUCCAAGUGCUCAGAUAUCUCCAACCGACAGUGAGUUCAUCAUUGAGCUGAACUGCCUCACGGAUGAUAAACUAAAACAGGUAAGGAACUAUAUCAAAGAUCAUAGUCCCCGCCAGAGACCCACAGGUAUGCGAGACAGCUGGAAGAGGAGUGUUCCCAGCAGUGCCAGUACUGUAAGUGUGCAGAGUAGCAGCAAUGUCAGCAUGGUUAGCAGCACCAGUAGCAGCGCAGGAUCAAUAAGUUCCAAUUCGUCCACAAGCAUCAGUUGUGCUCACAGUGAUGGCAACCUGGCCACUGUGGCUGAGCGCAUCCGAGAUUCCAAGAAACGCUCUAAGCAGAGAAAACUGCAGCAGAAGGCUCUGCGUAAAAGACAUCUGAAAGAACAGAGACAGGCUCGCAAGGAAAGACUGAGUGGUCUGUUCCUUAAUGAAGAGGUCCUGUCACUCAAACUCACUGAAGAGGAUGACCAUGGUGAUGACAUAGACAUCCUAAUGUGAUGAGAGCAGCUUAUUCAGUGCUCCCUCUAAUUCUUGUCAUUCAUACAACCUCUGUCACUCUUAGUAUAUGAAACAUCUUCAGAGUCAAAUAACUAACAAACAAAAUCUAAUAGAAAAAUAAACUACUACUAAGUAAUGAAAAGAAGUUGAAACUGAUGUAAAAAUCACAUGACAGGAAACCCCAGUGGUUUAGAUCACAACUACAUGUUUAACUAGACCAAAAAUUCAAUUUCUUCUACAUUGUUUGGAUCUAGAAGCAUCCAUGUCUGAUGUCUUUCAUUCGUACCUUUUCAGUCAACGUGUUGAACAUGUAUGGGAGACAGGCAUAUAAGGAACACUGAACAUGAAGAAGCAAAAUAUCCAUUAUCCAGUAUCCACAGUCAUUGUGGAUCAAUAAUUUUGUGACUUUAAAAUAUUUUGUUAUAUGUAUUGUGUUUAAAAAAAAAAAACUACUUUGCAAAUACUUUGUAUAAUCCUUAUAGUAUGCACUUCUACUUUGAGACUUAAGUUUAACCUGUUGGGUAGACUCAAUCAAGUUUUUGUGUCUUAAUUUCUUAAAGUAAGGUUAGAUUUGGAGUUGUGUGACUUGCAUAAAGCAUUUUUGUUUUAAUAA